CCCCCUCACGUGGUCGGCCCGGCCAUGGCGACCGGCGCGCGCGGCGGGUCGCGGCAGCUGCUGCAGUUCCUGCGGCUGCUGGGGCGGCUCAAGAGAGUCCCUCGAACUGGCUGGGUGUACCGAAAUGUGGAAGAUCCAGAGAGUGUGUCCGAUCACAUGUACCGCAUGGCGCUGAUGGCCAUGGUGACCAGAGAUGCCCACCUUAACAAAGACCGAUGUAUUCGCCUGGCCCUGGUUCACGACAUGGCAGAGUGCAUCGUGGGGGACAUAGCGCCAGCUGAUAACAUCCCCAAAGAAGAAAAGCAUAGGCGAGAAGAGGAAGCCAUGAGGCAGAUGACCCAGCUCCUGCCGGAGGACCUCAGCAAGGAGCUCUACGAGCUGUGGGAGGAGUAUGAGACCCAGUCCAGUGCAGAAGCCAAGUUUGUGAAGCAGCUGGACCAGUGUGAGAUGAUCCUGCAGGCGUCGGAGUAUGAAGACCUGGAGAGCAAGCCGGGGAGGCUGCAGGACUUCUUCGACUCCACCGCAGGGAAAUUCAGUCACCCCGAAAUAGUCCAGCUCGUCUCUGAAAUUGAGGCUGAAAGAAAUGCGAACAUUGAUACCUCCUCGGGUGAGCCGGGCUCCUGAGCACUGGGCCUGUGACACACGAUUUCUUUCCCUUUCCUGGUGCUGUUUUGCCAUUGCUGGCCUUGAGUUCCUGCGUGUGAAGUCUGUGUGUUUUCAGUUGUCUGCACUGCUGCAAGAAAUGUGAUGUCAUUCAGGCCCUAAAAGAAGUGAUGGAAGAAAUGGUGAUGAAUACAGCAGGAGUGGGGAGGAGUGCCUUUUUAAUAAAUUACACAUCCUAAACUUGAAAA